CCCCCCCCCCAGGCCGAAGCUGAGGUCGCGUCCUUGAACCGCCGCAUCCAGCUGGUGGAAGAGGAGCUGGACCGGGCUCAGGAGCGCCUGGCCACGGCCUUGCAGAAGCUGGAGGAAGCCGAGAAGGCCGCCGAUGAGAGCGAGAGGGGCAUGAAAGUCAUUGAGAACCGAGCCCUGAAGGACGAGGAGAAGAUGGAGCUGCAGGAGAUCCAGCUGAAGGAGGCCAAGCACAUCGCCGAGGAGGCCGACCGGAAGUAUGAGGAGGUUGCUCGUAAACUGGUCAUCAUCGAAGGAGACCUGGAACGGACCGAGGAAAGAGCUGAGCUGGCCGAAUCUAAAUGUUCAGAAUUGGAAGAAGAGCUGAAGAACGUUACCAACAACCUCAAAUCGCUUGAGGCCCAGGCGGAGAAGUAUUCUCAAAAAGAGGACAAAUAUGAAGAGGAGAUCAAGAUUUUGACUGACAAACUCAAAGAGGCAGAAACCCGGGCCGAGUUUGCCGAGAGAUCAGUAGCCAAACUGGAGAAAACCAUCGAUGACUUGGAAGAUGAACUCUAUGCUCAGAAAUUGAAAUACAAAGCCAUAAGCGAGGAGCUGGACCAUGCUCUCAAUGAUAUGACUUCCAUAUAAAACUGGUGAUUCCAAAGCUCCACUUAAUCGCUCGGCCUGCAGCUUUCGAAGCCUGCCUUUUAUAAAAAAAAUGUUCACCCG